AUGCCGAGCUUAGGGUUCCUCAAGAAAAAGCGCACCAGAGACGCCAAUCCAGACUCAACAUCAGGAAGUCAACCGACAAGCCCAGUUACGCCAACUGCAACAAAGACAUUCGAGCAAGCUUUUCAACAGCCCUCCAAUUCCAUCGCGUCGGUCGCCUCCGCAGCCUCAACAACAACACAACCCAUUGCGGCCGCCACCGCUGGAUCACAAUCUAGUCAGCAGGGACUGCAUCCGGAGAGCGCACCGGCCUCCGUCUCAACAGCCAAGGGCCCCGCACCAGCUCCGGCUCUAGUGCCGGCUCCCGCUGCACCAACGAUGGACUCGACACAGCAGCACCAAGCCCAAAACCUGGUGCCUGUGAACCUACCGAUGUCAACACCGUCGCCUGGUACCGAGGUCCCAAAUUUGCCGUCCAUCUCAAACCUGAUCAACCCUUCCCACAAUGGUCAGACAGCUCAGCAGACCUACCAGCAAGGUCCAACAAACCCGCCAUCCUAUUCUACGGUCCCGACGACCACAGCCGAUUCCCAGACGCCGGCGACCCAGGUCCCACAGAAGUUGCCUCAGGCCCAGCAACAGCAGCAGCAAGCUCAACAAGCGGCGUUCCAUCCUCACCCUGGACAGCCAGUCAACCUUCAGCAGCAUGCAGUCGAUCUGCCUCGGGUGACCAAGGGCAAAUACUCCCUGGCCGACUUUAACAUCUUACGCACACUCGGUACCGGUAGUUUCGGUCGUGUCCACUUGGUCCAGUCGAGGCACAACCAGCGGUUCUAUGCUGUCAAGGUCCUGAAGAAGGCCCAGGUCGUCCGCAUGAAGCAGGUGGAGCACACAAACGACGAAAGACGCAUGCUUGCCCAGGUCAAGAAUCCUUUCCUGAUCACACUCUGGGGCACGUUCCAGGAUGCGAGAAGUUUGUACAUGGUCAUGGACUUUGUCGAAGGCGGUGAGCUAUUCUCACUACUACGGAAAUCAGCUGUUACUAACGACGUCGUCUUCGCGGGUCAACAGCGCUUCCCGAACCCUGUUGCCAAGUUCUACGCAGCAGAAGUCACACUAGCAUUGGAGUACCUCCAUUCGCGCAACAUCAUUUACCGUGACUUGAAGCCAGAAAACCUGCUUCUCGACCACCACGGCCAUCUCAAAAUAACCGACUUCGGCUUCGCUAAGCGCGUUCCGGACAAGACGUGGACACUUUGCGGCACGCCAGAUUACCUCGCCCCAGAAGUCGUGUCCAACAAGGGCUACAACAAAUCAGUUGAUUGGUGGUCAUUGGGUAUCCUCAUUUAUGAAAUGCUCUGCGGAUACACACCAUUCUGGGAUAGCGGCAGCCCGAUGAAGAUUUACGAAAACAUUCUCAAGGGCAAGGUGAAGUACCCGGCGUACGUGCACCCCGAUGCCCAGGAUCUUCUCGAGCGCUUGAUCACGCCUGAUCUGACCAAGCGGCUGGGCAACCUGUACGGAGGUCCGGAGGAUGUCAAGAAGCACCCUUGGUUUGCCGAAGUCACCUGGGACCGCCUGGCCCGAAAAGAUAUCGAUGCCCCGUACACGCCGCCAGUCAAGGUCGGUGCCGGCGAUGCCAGCCAAUUCGAUCGCUACCCUGAGGAGACCGAACGCUACGGCCAAGCCGGAAACGACGAGUAA